AUGGCAAUUGACGAAGAUCACCAACAGGUUUACCCGCCUGUAAAUGACCAGAAAUUUGCAGAGCCUACCUCAUCACUCCUCGCGGCACACCUUGCACCGCGUUUGGCGACCCAAGGACACGAAACACACCGGCUGACGCGGGAAACAUUCCACCAGCUUCGUCAAGAACUCCUGGGCGAAAGACAAAGCCGGCUACGAUUUGAUGAGGGCGCUACCGACGUCAACAAACUAGUAUGCAUUGUCUUGAAAGCCGGCCUGGAUGCCAGCCCCAGCAACAGCUCGCCAGCAGAUGACCUGGAAGGGCAAGUCCUUGACUGUCUGGACAUUAUCCAAGCAAGUAUCGAGAAGGUGCCACAGGCUCUGUGGGACACUUCGGACCCUCUGAUUUUGGGCGAGGACGCCCAAGCCCCACUGUUCGCAUGGUUGAUCCUCCGACUGAUCAGGCUUGCCGGUACAUGGAACACCCAACCUGUCCAAGAGAGAAUUCACCUUGUCUUUACCAGCAUAGUCUAUUCGCAAUACAAACAGUCCCGGUCACUGCCAUCGUGCUACGGCGUUCCUACAUUUCUGCGUGCUUGUAUCUCGGAUAUUUUGUGCUCCCUGGAAGCUUUCCAGGAGACUGGUCUGCGAAGUCCACGUCUGGCGAGACUGUCUAUCCCCACAGCAAACGGGUUGCUCCUCGUGGAUCUGGACAACCUGGGCCUUCCCCGUGGACUACUGGAAAACAAGAUUCCACUCGGGAGGUUUGCUCAGACAAUAACUCUAGCCUCGCGCUUGCUGAGUACAUUCAGCACCAAAGUGGAAAUUCCAUGUCACGCGAAACACCAGGACUUCCUUCUUCGCCAAAACCUCUCAUGGGUUCUGAAUGGAUACCAGCGCCUACGAAAGAUUAUCUUCAAGUGGGUGCAAAGAGCAGGAUCAAAGCUCACCCCCGAAGAAGAGCAAGUUCCUUUGCACUACCUGGCGUAUAUGCGUCGUUGCUGCAUUCCCGAAUCAACUCCCUCGGGCUUGCUAUCAGAUGCUACCCUGACCUGUUAUUGGUCCCAGUGCCUCGCCGGGUUUCUUCUGCUUGAGAACAUAUGCCAAAUGCCCGCCCUCCAAGGGGGACUGAUUCACUUCCUGAAUGAUCUGGUGCAGGGGAAACCACGACCCUCGCCUGUACAGCAGCUGAGGGAAACAUUCUUGCCAGUGCUAGCAGAGAUUAAAAACAAAGAUUCGAGCCAGUCAUUUGAUCCAAGUCUUUGGAACUCCCUUCAGACCUUGCAUGCCGAACUGCUAGAUCCACCAACAUCUACGGUGCGCCGACUUCGUGCCUCUCCUGAAAACGAUUCGGCUGAUUCAAGAACAGCCAGCCAGAGAGCUGGGUUGUUGCGGCAUGGGGUGGAGAUAGACGAAGAGACUCGAGCAUCAAAACGCCUGUGUCUCCCGGGAUUCCCUGUUGAACCCACGAGUGCGGGGUUGAUGCAAUUACUCAUGGCAAGGCUAUCCUCUUUACUCAAUCGUGACUGCGGAAAAACUGUAGCAGAUCUGAGUAUUGCUGUGCAGAAAUCAUAUGAAGUAGUUGCAGAAUCCCAGAAAACAGAGCUUUUAGACACCAUAGGCAAGAUUUCCUGUGCCGCAACCGGGAACUUACUGAGGAAAGCCUCCGACGUCAUCGCAAUCGACACACUCUUUUGUCAAGCAUGCGACAACGAGCAAUAUCACUACAACCAUUCCCCUGUCGGAGAAAGUCCCGACUCCGAGGCGCUGUGGAUCAUCUUCAACUUUGUCUUACCCAGGCUUACACGCACACCUGGUCCUCGCAUAGCUGCAAUGGUCGCCUUGAAAAGGGCCCUGGUGCACUCCCCGAGUUCUCAUCAUAUGCAACUCUCAUAUUCUACGCCAGGGGAAUUCUGUCUCCAUUCUCUUCGAAGCUCUAUCCGAGAGUUACGGCUUGCCACUGGGCAUUCCGUGGUGGCUUUCGUGCGUCCAAGUCUACAGCCAGAUAUUCGUCGAGCUAACUUCGUCAUUGUACUUGAAUGGUUGAAAAACCUCUCCGAGAAAGAUGACAUGCCCUUACAAGAGGCCUGUGUCAUAACUCUGUGUCGGCUUGCAAAGGUCUCGGAGGAUGAGGAGAAGAAUAUCAUUCUCUUACGUCUCUUGGAGUAUCUUGGUCACCCCAAUCCAUAUGUUUGUGCCGUGGCCUAUAAUGAGCUGUCAAAGCUCGCGCAGCAAUUUGCUUUGACCCCAGCUGGGCUCUUUCGGCCAUACUGGAGAACGCUCUCCGUGACCGUGGUCAAAAAUCUCCAAUCUCGCCCAUACAUGGCGGAGCAACUCUGCGAACUGCUUGGCAUGAAGGUCGAUGGUUUUCUCAGGCUGACCGAAGUCCAUGUCCUACCGUACCUGGUUUUGACUCGAAAGCGAGACAUCAUCUGCAGAAUUGGAGCUAGUCGGAACGAGGGAGAGACGCCAUUUGACGUUUGCUCCGAGAAAAAUAACCUCGCGGCAAUCCUCGCCUUCCUCCUAUCCCAGCAAUCGAACAACCCAGAAAGUAUGAUCAUGUCACUUCUGGCGGAAAUUGAUCCCGCGUUCAAGGGCCGGACUUUAGCAGAGCUGGUACGAAUCGAGCCAAUCCUGAUUGCCUGUGACUUGUUGAAGAGUCUUGGGGAUGCCGGCGAACAACACAAGGAGCGAUUUAAUCGAGCACUCCAUCGCCUGGCCAGUUUUGUCCCACGGAAACUUGUGCAUGGAAGCUCAUCCAAGAAGGCAAAUCUCUUAAGCUAUUUCAUCGAGGAGCAUGUGCUUGGAAUCAUCACUCAAUUUGCGAAUGCUAUCAACGACUUUCAGGUGAGACAAACAUUGGCAGAAAAGAGAAGAAACAUCAAAGCCAUUGAAGAAAUGAUCAAUAUCGCCCAGGGCCAUGUGAGCAGUGCCUUGCCCCAGGUGUGUGCUUGUCUGCGGUCUGCACUCGAAAUCGAAGAACUUUGUGACCGUGCAUUCUCAGCGUGGAGGACGUUGAUCGGUUCCCUCAGCGAAGAAGAUCUUGAACCUUUGAUCGAUCAGACCUUAGCAAUUGUGGUCCGCUAUUGGGGAAAGUUGACCGAGGAUAGCAGGGGCCAUGCUUACCAGCUCGUUGACCAUAUCUUGACCAAUCAUUCGAACCUUCUGCAGGAUGCAUUCAACACUAUGCCUUCGCUUGCCUCCAUUCCCGAAAUGGCACCGUUUGAGGCUAUUAUCCAUGAACUAAAGGACCAUAUGGAUGUUCGAAGUCAAUUUAUGGCUCUGAUUCGUCGCAGUCAGAGUGAAAAUGCCACUGUUGUCGAGCAGACCUUGAAGGAAUUGAUGCCUUUUCUAGUCGAGAAUGAGGAGUUUCUUCAUAUCUCCGUCCUUAGCGAACAACCGGACCCUGUCAUCGCUCAGUUGACAAGAGCAUUGCUGGACUGCUGUGUCAAAUUCAACACCAACUUGGACAGCGUUACUCUGCUAGCGGCCCGGUGCCUGGGUCUUGUCGGCUGCCUCGAUCCGAAUCGAGUAGAGACAAUCAAAGAAAAGAAGGACAUACUGGUUCUAUCCAAUUUCGACCGCAUGGAGGAAACGGUAGAGUUCAUCCUCUUCUUUCUUCAGCAUGUGCUGGUUGAGGCUUUCCUAUCUGCAUCCAACACAAGGGCUCAGGGCUUUUUGGCAUACGCUAUGCAAGGUCUUCUCAGAAUCUGCAAUCUCAAUGCUGCUGUCACUCAGCGGUCUCGCGAUCUACAAGGCGACGACAAAUAUCAGCGUUGGAUGGAGCUCCCAGAAAGUGUCCGAAAUACCCUCACACCUUUUCUCACAUCAACGUACACCGUCACCGUCGCCGCGACUACUUCGAAGAUCAACUAUCCUUUAUUCUCUUCCAAGCUAACGCAUGGCGAGUGGCUUCGAACUCUGGUUCAAGACCUGCUGCAAACUGGAAAUGGAGACAAUGCAAAGCUCAUAUUCGCAGUAUGCAGUCGAGUUGUGAAGGGUCAGGACAUCUCUAUAUCCGCGUUUCUCUUGCCAUUUGCGGUGUUGAAUCGCAUUGUGGGGGGCACCGAGCAAGAACAGCAAGACCUCCAGCGCGAGCUGAUGGAAGUCCUUUCGCAUCCUCUGCCAGACACGAACAACAACUUCCGUGAGACAAUGAUAUGCUGCAGCCAGGUGGGAGACCUUCCGAGCGUUUUCGAAGUGUUGGAUUACCUCUCAAGGUGGCUGCAGGGGAAGAAGAAACAACUCAACAGUAUUUCUCACCAUUCUCAUCAAUCGAGCCGUUCUCAUAGGGAUUUGAAUCGUGACUCGCUCCUUGACAAAUACUCCUCACAAAUCAAGUCAGUUGAGGCUCUUCUGGCUUCAAUACCACCCGAGAUCAUUUCCAAACGAGCUGUCGAAUGCAAAUCUUUCUCCAGGGCACUCUUUCAUUGGGAACAAUAUAUUCGCAAAUGCAAGCCGCAUGCAGAAAUACAAGAGCGCACCAGUCUUGAACCGCUAUAUCAGCGGUUACAGGACAUCUACAGCCAGAUCGAUGAGCCGGAUGGGAUAGAAGGGAUUUCAACCCAUUUGUCUGCGCUUGAUAUCGACCAACAGGUCCUAGAACAUCGAAAGGCCGGGAGAUGGGCCACUGCCCAGAGUUGGUAUGAGCUGCAGCUUGAGAAAGAACCCGAUAACACUGAUGCUCAAUGGAACUUGGUGACUUGUCUCAAAGAAUCCGGCCAGCAAGAUGCCAUCCUCACUCGCUUUGAGAUUCUCAAAGGCAAUGAGUCCGCAGUGUCUCGAUUCUUGCCCUUUGCUGUGGAGGCAUCCUGGAUAACAGGCAGAUGGGAUAAGUUGCAAGGCUACCUUGAUCUGUGUGCAAGGCAAGGGACUGGGGACUUCAGUGUCGGCAUUGGUUCAGCUCUCCAGGCUCUUCGGGAAAGCCGAGGCGAAGCAUUUAUGGAGAUCAUCAACCAGCUCAGGCUCAAUGUCGCGAAAUCACUGACCACGAAUUCCGUGGCGUCGCUCCAAUCUUGCCAUGAUGAUAUGCUCCGGCUACAUGCCUUAGUGGAAAUGGAGUCCAUCGCCAAUGCAGGCGCUGAAGCUUCCCAUUUGGACCCAGCCUUACUUCCUGCUCUGGACCGACGAUUGGAUGUUCUCGGGGGCUAUCUCGCUGACAAGCAGUAUCUUCUGGGCUUGAGGAGAGCCACGAUGGAACUAGUGGGUAAAUUUGCCAACUCGGAAAUAGCCGCGGCGUGGCUUACCAGCGCUCGUUUGUCGCGGAAGGGCAGCUUCGUCAGCGAGGCGUAUCACUCGAUGCUUCACGCAGCGCGCCUCAAAGACAGAUCAGCAACCAUCGAACAUGCCAAACUGCUUUGGAAAGAUGGGCAUCAUCGCAAAGCAAUCCAGACACUCGAGGGUGCAAUAUCUGCCAAUGAAGUCUCCCCAACUACAUCUUCGGCCGAGGCCGAAACGAUGUCAUUUCUCUCAAGCCGCGGGCAGCAUCAAAACGUAACUGUCGCUAGGGCACAUUUGCUACUGGCGAAGUGGACCGACCGGGCGGGCCAGACUCACUCUCAGGCGAUUGUUCAAAGAUACCGAGAAGCCAUCAAGCUUUAUCCGAGGUGGGAAAAAGCGCACUACUACUUGGGUAAACAUUACAACAAGAUCCUAGAGUCAGAGAAGGUCAAACCCAUGGGAAAGGAGGCUCAAAUAUAUCUGAGCGGAGAAGCCACAAAACUGGUCAUCGACAACUACCUCCGCUCACUCACGUACGGGAGCAAAUACGUGUUCCAGACGCUGCCCAAGCUCUUGACGCUCUGGCUGGAACAUGCUUCAAUCGUCGAUCAGCCUAUUGACCCCAAAAGAGGCGAUAACGAAGACUUCCAGAGGCAUACGAAAGCUCAGAGGCAGAAGAGCCUCGAUGAGAUGCAUGCUCAGCUGAAAAAAUACAUUUCAACUCGCUUACAACCUGCUCUGCUGUUCACCAUUCUGCCCCAAGUCGUUGCUCGUAUCUGCCACCCGAACAGCACGGUCUACGAUCUUUUGACACGCAUUGUGGUCAAGGCUGUCAAUUCCUUCCCACAGCAAGGCCUAUGGACUCUCCUUGCUGUGGUCAAAUCUUCCAACAAAGACCGAGCCUCCAAGGGUUACAAUUGCCUCCAGAAAAUCAUGGAAUACACCAACAAGCCUAAAGUCGAAUCACCGCUACCUGACAUCCGCCGCAUGAUCAACCAGGGGCAAAAGUUCUCGGAGGAGUUACUUCAGCUCUGCCUGGCACGUGUCGAUGAUAGGGCGACUCGAGUCAGUCUGGCUCGCACUCUACGAUUCAACCACAGAGUUUCGCCGUGCCGGCUAGUGGUGCCUUUCCAGGCGAUGUUGAUUCCAAGCCUUCCUGCUAGCCACGAUUCUGAGUAUCUAAAGGGGUUCCGGCCAUUCCCCCGAGAUCCCACAACGAUAGAUGCCGUUCUUGACGAAGCCCAGAUCUUAAGGUCGCUUCAAAAACCUCGCAAGAUCAGCAUGCGCGGGUCCGACGGAAAGAUCUACAAUGCACUUUGCAAGCCCAAAGACGAUCUGCGAAAAGACCAGCGUCUCAUGGAAUUCAACAACAUGAUCAAUCGGUUCCUAAAACGAGACGUCGAGUCCAGCAAGCGGCGCAUGUAUAUCAAAACCUACGCCGUGACACCUCUCAAUGAGGAAUGCGGCCUCAUCGAGUGGGUGGAUAAUCUCCGCACGUUGCGAGACAUCGUCAUCAAAUUACUGCGUGAAAGAGGCGUCAAUCCCAAUUACAACGAGAUCAGUCAUUACCUGAAGGAGAUCUGUGCCGAUCGGUCUUUUUCGAAGUUGCCCUUGUACACCACUAAGAUACUAGCCAAACUCCCUCCUGUUCUCCACGAAUGGUUCGUCGAGAUGUUUCCCGAGACUGAAGCAUGGUUCACGGCAAGGCUAAGGUACACGCGGUCUUCUGCCGUGAUGUCUAUGGUGGGAUAUGUUCUAGGACUGGGCGAUCGACAUGGCGAAAAUCUUUCAUUCGAGGAAGGCACCGGCGGCGUUUUACACGUUGAUUUCAAUUGCCUCUUCGAUAAGGGUCAAACGUUCGAGAAGCCCGAGUUGGUUCCAUUCCGCCUGACGCCCAACAUGGUCGAUGCCUUUGGUGCUUACGGAUACAACGGUCCAUUCCGAAGAACAUGCGAAAUCACUCUCAGUCUCCUUCGACAGAAUGAGGAUGCGCUCAUGACGGUACUUGAGACCUUCUUGCAUGAUCCAACAACAGACUUCAUUGGGAAGAGGCGUCGCACCCAUGCCAAUGUCCCGGACACACCAGCCGGGGUUCUGGAGGAUGUUCGAAACAAACUACGGGGGUUUAUGUCCAAACAACCCAUUCCACUGUCGGUGGAUGGCCAAGUUGAUGAGUUGAUCAUGCAAUCAACCGACAAGAAGAACCUGGCAUCGAUGUAUAUCGGAUGCUACUGUAACUGGGGCUGCGACGCUUACGGUGUCUUGGCCGUUCCAUCCGGGGACUUGGUCUCCUGGGUGGAGGGGACCGUGACCGGGAAGAAUAUGAUCUCGAGCGUACGGGGGAACGUGAUCGUGACAGAGACUGUGGUCGGUAUACAUCAUGCCGUUCCGGAGGUCGUGCUCGGCCAUGUCUUCUGGGUGGGGACGGGUUGCCUCGACCAUAUCGGGAACGGCCGCCAUUCCUUCGACUUGAUGCGGGAGGUGGUGAGCGCGAAAAUGUCCGUCGCGGAAGAACAAUUGAGACAUUUAAAAUGGCGCCAUCGAGUUGAGCUUCGUGCAUGUGAGCAAUGGCUGCCUCGGCAUCCGCAGGGUCAUAGUACAAAAUUAUUGGAUAUCAAUCUUACAAGCUCGGUUUACUGGGAGAUCAAGGUAUUCAAUGUCCCCAAAACUUCCGAAUAUCUCUCAGCAAGCAGUGUCAGUGAAUGUCAUCCCCUCGGCGACCUCUAUCGUAAAAGAAACGCGUCUUCAUUAGAAAUGAGGUCGAACUCACUUUGGAACUCCUCGGUGGGCUCAGAUUCGGACUUGGCGUACGGCUGUAGCUCCGACCCUGAUACCGACCACCUCUGCUGCGACUUCGGGAGCGUGUUCGGCCGCGCGAAAGAGAUCGAGUGUGGCUUCUUGACUGAUGGCGGCUGCGACCGGGAGAUGGGCUCCGAGUGA